AUGUCUCGCCUGCCGCCAGAGCUCUCUGUACCAAAGUCUCCGGCGCAAUCUUCGUCCCCUCAGUUCCAACCAAAUCAAUCUAAUUCCUUCAUGUCACGGCGCAACACUGUUACGCCCAUUGCACCACUCAGGGGUCAAGCCACCGAUUCGCCUGAUGCUUCUUUCCCAACUGAGGACUCAAUGCCUAUCAAUGAAGAUCGAGGAGAAGCACUCAUCAGACAGCGUAUCCGAGAGAGGAAGCGCGACAAACGCACAAAACAACGCGACAAUUCUGAUGCUGACGCGUCUCGUUCAUUGAUCUCUGACAGCACAGAGAAACCCCAAUCACAAUCUGUAUCAAAUCCCCCCAUGUCUGCAUCGUUCCGCGACAGUGGAAAAGGCGUACAUGGUCAUGCGCACUUUGAUGAUACUAAGAGGAUGAGCAUGGAUGAGCAGGCUGUAUCCGACAAUGACCCAACGCCUCAAGCGCUCUCGGACCUAUAUGGCGUAGAAGCGCAAGACAGCACUCUGGGUGAUUUUGAUGAAAAUCAGGACGAUCAGAAUGGGGAUGAGUUGGAUUAUACUGUCAAGGACCGUCAGGAUGCGAUCAAUAUUGAACAUCCAUUUGGUCUGCCUAUUUGGAAGCCGGCUUUGUACAAAAAGUCCCGGUCUAUCCAGCGCACGGCUGAUAAGGCACUGAAGUGCACUCCGGGACUUCAGACGCGUAACAGCGCGGCUCUGGGUAACAUUUUAUGGCUUGUAUUCGUUGGUAUAUGGAUCAGCUGCCUGUGCUUCUUUUGUGCGGCUCUGCUUUAUUGCGUGCCUCGCGGCGGUGCUAUGUAUGGGCACAAAUUGUAUGGUCUAGGCACAUACAUACUGUGGCCAUUUGGAAAUUAUGUUGAAGUUGAAUGCUCACAUGCGAGUGGUCAUCGACAUGGGCCAUGUCGCUUGCCAGCGGUGCACGAACACGAAGUGAAAGAUGAAGAAGACGAGAAUCUGGAACAUGUUGAUACACCGUAUCCUGGCACCGAAACGGAUCCACUUGUCCAACCUGGUAGCUCUGCACUGUACGGUGGCGUUCAAAAUGAUGAAGAGGACGGUCAGCUGUCCGAAGAUGAGCGCAUUUCACUGGAGCUUAAGCUUUACCACUACGUAUUUGACAAAAAUGGGAACGAUGUUGGUGCCUCGAAGCGCAUUGGUGGUAUUCUUGCAUAUGCUCUGGUGUAUGGUCUUGUGAUAUUCCCCGCACUCGGUAUUGUGUGUCUAUUGUGCUGGGCAUUGGUGGUUACGAUUCCUAUGGCUAAACUUACGUGGACCCUAAUCAAGAACUUGGCAUCACAACCCCUGGCACUUCAUUUCCGUUCUCCUUUUCAAAUCGACACGCGCACACUCAAAGUGAAGGACUCGGACCAGGCUCAAUUCCAGAAUGUGCUCCAUCCCGGACACAUGGCACCAUUGUUGAAACGAAAGCACCGCAAGAAAGGCACAUCAAAACGCCGCAGCGUUAUUCUGGUCUGUCUUUACGAGGCCAUGGGCAAGGAGUAUUUUAAGUACACGGUCGGCGGUGUGAACAUCAUGUUCGUGAAUACUAUCCCACUGAUUUUUCUGACCCAAAUCAUGUUCUACGUGAUUCGCCCUUACGCCAUGUCACACAACAUCACAUCUGGUGUAUUGGCUAUGUUAUCGAAUGAUUCUAUCAUCUUUAUUAUGUCGCUUGCCAGUGUGCUGCCACUUUCCUACUUCAUUGGCAUGGCUGUGGCUAGUAUCAGUACACAAAGCAGUAUUGGUAUGGGUGCUGUGAUUAAUGCAACGUUUGGUUCUAUUAUUGAACUAAUCCUCUACAGCAUUGCGCUGACAGAAGCCAAGGCUAGUCUCGUCGAAGGCUCCAUUAUUGGCUCCAUUCUCGCAGGCGUUUUACUUAUGCCUGGUUUAAGUAUGUGCUCUGGAGCCACGCGACGCAAAGAGCAGACAUUCAAUUCUCGCUCAGCCGGUGUGACGAGCACCAUGCUCAUUAUGGCCAUUAUUGGCAUUUUGACUCCUACUAUGUUUUACCAAAUCUAUGGAAAAUUCGAGUUAGUGUGCACCGGAUGUCCCGACGAUGCCUCCAAUGCUGAAGAUCGUUUCCGAUGCGAUAAGUGUUCCUAUGAGCACAUUUCACCGCUCGAUGACUCGUUCUUCCAAACGAAUGUCAAGGGUCUUAUCUAUUCAUGUGCCGCGAUUCUUCUUCUAGCCUACGGAAUUGGUUUGUGGUUUUCCCUUCGGACUCAUGCUUCGCAUAUUUGGAACAGCACUCCCAGUACCAUUCAUCCUGAGCAUUUACCGCCACCACUGCACCGGGCCUCUGUGUACAAACGCUUGUUCCCGAAGAACUACGAGCCGCGCUUGCCUUUGCAUCACCAGAACGAAGCUGGACCUUCGACUCGUGACGUGGACAGCCAGGUCAGCAGCACCUCAGCUACACCUAGUCUGCAUAAUGAAUCGACGAGCUCCCACACGCAAAAACAGAACAAGUCGAAGCCACAGGAGGAUAUGCUUCUGGAUGCGGCUGCUCGGAUGUACCAAUAUUUGUUUAACCGACACAAAUCGGGUCAACCGUAUGAAACCAUUGCUGAAGAACAAGAGGGUCAAGAAGAUGGACAAGGUGGACAUGAUGCACCAUCAUGGAGCAGGAGUGUAUCACUCAGCGUCCUUCUUGGAUGUACAGUCAUGUAUGCUAUUAUUGCCGAAAUCAUUGUGGAUCUUGUGGAUGUGGUCAUUGAAGGCUCAGGCUUAUCGCCCAAAUUUAUCGGUGUCACUCUUUUUGCUCUUGUUCCAAAUACGACAGAAUUUAUGAAUGCAAUGAGCUUUGCGAUCAAUGGAAAUAUUGCCUUGUCGCUUGAAAUUGGUUCUGCUUACGCGCUUCAAGUGUGCUUGAUCCAAAUUCCCGUGCUGGUUGGAUUCAGUGCGUUUUACAAUUCUUCUUAUGCGAAGUCUGGUAUCGAUAUGGCCGCUCGCUCCUUCACGUUAAUCUUCCCACGGUGGGACGUCAUUGCUAUCAUCCUGUCCGUCUUUUUGCUCACAUACACCUACAACGAAGCAAGGAGCAACUACCAUCGUGGCAGUAUUCUGAUUCUAGCCUAUUUGGUUUUCAUUGCUGGAUUUUUCUUUGCACCAACUAUCGACUUGGACGAUCCAACUCAACAGCCACAAACACGCGUCUUUACUGUGUAA